AUGGCUUACCUUAACCUUGAAACUAACUUACCAUCAUCAGUGGUCACUCAAGAAUUUCGAAAAAAUCUUUAUCAAUUAAUUGCCAAGAAUCUUCCAGAUAGUAACCGGUUGAUUAUGAAUGUGAUAACUGAUUCCCCAAUAAUUCACGGAUUGUCCGACAAGCCCUACACCCUGUAUCAUCUUACCAGCACAAACGGUUUAGGCGUCCAGGAAAACAAAGUCCAUUCUAAAAACAUUACUGAUCUUACGCAAGCGGAAUUGGGAGUUACACUGCACAGGAUCAAGACCUUGUUUCACAUACUCAAUCCGCAUGAGCUUAGCUGUUAACUAGAAGCACAAUUUACUGGAAUAGAACUACCAUUUACGAGCUAUCAGUUGUAUUAUGCAAAGUUGAACUUAUGAUAAAAUCCAGAAAUUAAAUAAGUCUGGUUCUAUUCACGUAAUUCAUAAAACAGAAGAUGCAUUAAUUUUAUUUUUAAGUGAUAUCUACAUGUUUUCAAUAAAGAAUUACCUCAUGUACUCUGCACGUUGCUCGAAGUAUUGUGGCAGAAACAGUUUCAG